UGUGACUUUGUUUUUUGAAACUGUGGGAUGUACACUCCUUAAACAAAUGACUCAUUUUGUAAGCUUUGUUUUUUUUGAUGCCUGUUGAGAUGUGUGUGGCAAUCGGUGACUUUAAGGUUCUUCAUUCAAACUUAUGCCACAUGUGCUCUUCUUUCCCCAGGCAGACGUGCCCCCAAAGAUGGUGACUCUCUCCUGAGCAGCAGGACCACUUCCUACAAGAGGCCUUCCUACCAGAAAAGGAGGUAGCAGGUUGGCUUGCCCCAGGGCCCCACCAUCCGCUGAAGUCCUGCACCCUCAGCUCAGGUGGUCCCGGAAAACCUCCCAUGGAGAAUAUGAAAGUGUUACUCAGGCUUCUUUAUUUCAUAACUCAACUGAUAUCUUCUCUGGAGGCUGGUAAAUGUGAGGAACGUGAAGAACGAAUAAUUUUAGUUUCUUCUGCAUAUGAAAUUGAUGUUCGUUCAUGUCCUCUUAACCCAAAUGAAAACAAAGGCACUAUAAAUUGGUAUAAAAAUGACAGCAAGACAUCCAUAUCUACAGAAAGAGACUCCAGGAUUCAUCAGCACAAAGAUAAACUUUGGUUUGUUCCAGCUAAGGUCGAGGAUUCAGGACAUUACUAUUGUGCAGUACGAAAUUCAACUUACUGCCUCAAGAUUAAAAUAACUGCAAAGUUUGUACAACAUGAACCUAACUUGUGUUACAGUGCACAAGCUAUAUUUACCCAGAAACUACCUAUUGCAGGAGAUGGACAACUUGUGUGUCCUUAUUUGGAUUAUUUUAAAGAUGAAAACAAUAAGUUACCCAAAGUACAGUGGUAUAAGGAUUGCAAACCUCUACUUCUUGACAACAUAAACUUUAUUGGAGAAUCAAACAAGCUCAUCAUCGUGAACGUGACUGAAGCACAUAAAGGGAACUAUACUUGCCACGCGUCCUACACACUCCUGGGAGAGCAGUAUCGCAUCACCCGGGCUGUAGGGCUUUUAACUCUAGAGGAGAAUAGGCCCACGAGGCCCGUGAUCGUGAGUCCUGUGAAUGAGACGAUGGAAGUGGUGGUGGGAUCCCAGCUGCAGUUGAUAUGCAAUGUCACUGGCCAGCUCACCGACUAUGUCUACUGGAAGUGGAACAAGUCCAUGAUUGAUGAUGACCCCGUGCUGGUGGAAGACUAUAGACUAGUGGAAAAUCCUUCCUCCAAAAAAAGGAAUACAAUCAUCAUGAUGCUUAAUAUUUCAGAAGUGAAAAGUAAAUUUUAUCUAUAUCCAUUUACCUGUGUAGCCAAGAAUACAUAUGGUAUAAGUGCAGCAUAUAUCCAAUUAAUACACCCAGUCCCCAAUUUCCAGAAGCACAUGAUUGGUAUAUUUGUCAUGUUAACAGUAGUCAUUACGGGCUCUGUUCUCAUCUAUAAAGUCUUCAAGGUUGACAUAGUACUUUGGUACAGGGAUUCUUGCUAUGAUUUUCUCCCGAAAAAAGCCUCAGAUGGAAAGACCUAUGAUGCAUACAUACUAUAUCCAAAGACCCUUGGGGAAGGGUCCACCUCUAACUCAGCUAUUUUCGUGUUUAAAGUCUUGCCCGAGGUCUUAGAAAAGCAGUGUGGAUAUAAGCUGUUCAUUUAUGGAAGGGAUGACUACCCUGGGGAAGAUGUUGUUGAGGUCACUAAUGAAAACAUAAAGCAAAGCAGAAGACUGAUUAUCAUUUUGGUGCGAGAGGCGUCAGGCUUUGGCUGGCUUAGCAGUUCUUCUGAAGAGCAGCUGGUGAUGCACAACGCUCUCAUUCAGGGUGGGAUGAAAGUCGUCCUGCUGGAGCUGGAGAGGAUCCCCGAUGAGGAGAAGAUGCCAGAAUCCAUCAAGUUCAUCAAGCGGAAGCACGGGGCCAUCCGCUGGUCCGGGGACUUCACGGAGGAGAGGUCCCAGUCUGCGUCGACGAGGUUCUGGAAGAAGGUCCGCUACCACAUGCCUGCCCAGCAGCAGCCUGCUUCGUCCAAGCCCCACCCGCUGUUCCCGGCCGCCAGGCCGGAUUCCAAGGAGAAGCUGCAGAGGGAGAUCCCCGUGCCCCUCGGGUAGCGGGAGCAGCUCGCCAGGACGCCCUCGGGUGACUCCUGUCCUACGGUGCUGCGGGCUGGGCUGGGCCUCCGAGACUGGCACAGCCACAGAGUGCACCUGCACAGUCCCUUAUCCCCAAGGUCACCUGGAAUCAGGCUGGUAAGGGAACAGGACGUGGUGACAAUAGCAGGCCUGGGCAAUUCAAAGCGAGGCGUUGGGGGUCCUUUAAAAAAGCAGCAGAUGCCCUCUGAAUGUUUGAACUGUUCAGGAAAGGCACUGGGAGAGCAAAUGAAAAGAAAGAACAUUCAGAAAAUAUAAAUAAUCCAGAGACAGUUGUACGGAGUCAUUUACUGUCCAAGGCUGAGGCUGGGGCCCAGACUGGGGACUUCGGGACCCUCGAGUGGCCAGCGACGUCCGAAGGCUGGUGCUGCUCAGGAAAAGCAGAAGCACCGGAGAGCCACCACCUGCCCUGCAUUUUUCAUCCACAACCAGCAGCAGUUUCCAAAGACUGAGUUUCCUUCUGUAGGCCUUUAAAACUAUCAUUUCAAUGAGCAAAGGGAUUCUCCAGGAUCCUAAGGAUUUGAAAUAACCUUCGCUUUCUGCUGGAGAGAGAAUUUCAAAAGCAAGGGUAUCAGAGAAUCGAUCUCCUCUCAACAUGUCCCCCCCGAGUCGCCAUUCUGUCCCCCUACCUUCUUCUGCGUUUCACUGGGCUCAUUACUUCUUUGGAAGGACAACUUCCAAGACACUUCCUCCCUCCAUGGGGUCACGCAUGGCCCAGAGAUUAACCGUCCUUCGUAAAGCACUGCCCUCCUCUCGCCCGCUCUUGCUGCAGCGCCUCCCUCCCUGGGCUCUCCGGGGUCAGGAGCCAAAGCCCAGGUCCUCCGUUAGCAUGUCAGUGGUGCUCCCGACCCCCAGUCUGUCCAGCCAGCCGCAGCCUGUCCUGCUACGUGAAUUCCUAGGUCGGCCCCUGUGCCUUCGAACCUGCCCAGGGCCCCUCCGUCCCUGCCUCCAGCCUGCCGCCUGUGGCCAGAACGCCUUCUGGGCUUUUCCCACGCUGACCGGAACUCACCACUUACUCCAACUCUGUUGUCCCAGAAGGCUGGUGGCACCGCAGCUGGCUGGCACUGGGCGCAGGCUGCAGGGCUCUCGUCCGCAGUGCCUCCACCAGUGAUCUGCACGUGAGACGUAGGUCUGUGUAGUUGUUCAUUUACAAAUGUCCACAGAUUGCCUUCUUUCGUGUUUGCAGCCACCUUGAUUCGGUAGAGAGCCAGCGACCUGCUGUGAGGCGAUGACUCAGUGCUGGGCUGGCACCUCCCUGCUGGCUUCCCAGACAGUGCUCUGAAGAUUUUAUCUCAGGUCCACGUGUGUCCCUUCCGCGCCUACCCUGCCUUUUGUGGGGAGAAAUGACAGUUUUCUAGGAUGGUGGCUGAUUUUAGGCAUGUGUCUAAUUAAGGAACCAAAUUCCAAACUUUUAAAGUAGGCAUUUACAAAAAUUAUGUUAGAUUUUAUGAACAGAUUUCUGCCUUCAUAUAUUCUUCCCCAAAAGGUAAAUGCCUCUUGGUAAAUUAAAAAUGAGAGCAAGUUGGGUUUUUCUGAUACAGAAAAAUAUUUUUAUAAACUUGAUAGUAGUCCUCAGGAUAAUUAGAGAAAAACACAUGGAAACCUCAAAGCCUUGUUUGUGUUGCCUGAAGUCUUGUGAACACAGACAGGCCUGGGUUUUGUAUUUUUAAUAUUUAAUAUUAUAGGUGAACACAGACUUUUAUUUGGUACUUUUGUCCUCAAAAGUUGUCAGAAGUAGAGAGAACAGAGUUUAAGACCACCUCUUCCCACCCGUUUCCUCUUGGGUCCAGUCUGACAGCCGUGGGCAGUGGCGCUGUUUUGGAGCCGCUGUUUUUAAAGAAAGUGCCUCGUUUUUAUCCGCAGCCCAGGAGACUAGCCAGGAGUCUGGGGGGAGGAGGCCCUGUCAUCUCCCCAAAGCCUGGUCGGAUGCUUUACAUCGCGCUGGGCAGUCUUAGUCGGUCACCCGUGAAAUAUAUUUAUUUGCAUGUGAAGCUCUAAGAAAGCCAAUUCUGAGACUGAGCGUUAGCGGCAGAAUUGGCCAGAAACUGAGGAGGUGGGAGAACCACCAGGAUUUAGGGACAAGAAUCACGGGACAUGCCUGGGCUGAGGGGGGCUCCGGUAGGAAAGUGGGGUGUCACUGCUGCUCUCACUCUCGGGGAGGAUUCCAGAGGAAGGAGCGACACUCCUAGUUCCCUGGCAACUUCCUUUGUCUUAUUGUUUUCCCUAAAAGCCUCUUCUAAGCCCUUCCUUUCAGGACUUCCCCAUUAAUUAGGUUUAACUGCAUUUUCGAUGGCGUUUUUGUCCUCGUGAGCAUUUGAGGGAAGUGUGCAGGCGCUGAGGGCCCCUUGCAGGCCACCGGUGCGCUGAGGGCCCCUUGCAGGCCAUUGGUGCUGGCUCAGCACAAACUGUUUCUCAUUCUUCUGACUCUCAUUUCCAAUCAAAGGAAAGGUAUUGAGCCAAUUUUUUAAAGGACUUUUUUGAUAAGUUAUAUAUGUAAUGGUUAAUGAUGAAGAGCUUUUUACAAACUUGUGUGUAUAAUUCUGCAGCAGAUACCAAAUAUUUUUAUAUAAUAAAAACACCAAUUCAUGUACAGCAUGUAUCCUGAUCAGUGGACUGCACUUGUUUUCUAAUAAAAUUAUCAAAAGCUGG